AUGGUGCGCCGGCCGCCGGGCAAUGCGCCGACCACGACGGUGUCUCUGCGGAGCUCGCUGGAGCGGCUAAUCACGCGGAUCAAGAAGCGCGACUCGUACGGGUUCUUCCUGGACCCGGUGGACACGACUGUGAUCACAGACUACCUGUCGGUGAUCGACGAGCCGAUGGAUCUGGGCACAAUGCAGAGCAAGGUGGAGCGCAAUGCAUACUAUAGCAUCGACGAAUUCCGGCGCGACCUGCUGCUGGUGUGCGACAAUGCACGCAAAUAUAACGGUGCUGGGUCUAUCUACGCGACUUCUGCCGAUCGCGUA